UUUUUGCUGUUUGUUAAUUGGGAACAGACCGCCCGCAUAAUUUAUUUGCAAAGGGGCCAUCAAUCCGUUAAUAAUGCGCAAAUUUACGGCAUUUGCGUGCGGCACUGGCGCCGGUCUCGCCGCCUACUAUUUCCAAAAGCUGCGCGAUCCACAGCUGGCCGUGCACAACUCGUGGACGCACAGCGACCGGCCGGUCAGCGAGUGUGCGCUGUGGGACAGCAAUUGGGAUUUUCGUGAUCCGAAGAGUCUGGUGCGGCCGCAAAAGAGCGACUUGCCGCAGGAGCAGAAUCGCUAUAACAGCGAUCUGGAGAAACAUGUGGCGAAGAGUGCACGCCAUAUCAUACUAAUACGGCACGGUGAAUAUCUGGACGUGGGUGAGUCGGAUGAUACGCACCAUCUGACCGAUCGUGGCCGCCUGCAGGCCAAAUAUACGGGCCAACGUUUGCGUGAACUGGGCAUCAAAUGGGACAAGGUGAUCGCCUCAAAUAUGGUGCGUGCCCAGGAAACGGCGGACAUAAUACUAGGCCAGAUCGACUACGACAAGGCCAAGGUGAAGAACUGUUCGUAUUUGCGUGAGGGCGCACCAAUACCGCCCCAGCCGCCCGUGGGGCACUGGAAACCGGAAGCCUCACAGUUUUUCCGGGACGGUGCGCGCAUCGAGGCCGCCUUCCGACGCUAUUUCCACCGUGCCUUACCGGAGCAGGAGAAGGAGAGCUAUACGCUAAUUGUCGGUCAUGGCAAUGUAAUACGCUAUUUUGUCUGCCGUGCAUUGCAAUUCCCGGCGGAGGCCUGGCUGCGCAUCAGCAUCAAUCAUGCGUCAAUCACGUGGCUGACAAUCAGUCCGUCCGGCAAUGUGUCCAUCAAAUAUUUGGGCGACACCGGCUUCCUGCCAGCCAAAUACCUCACAAAUCGUAUACCCCGCGAUGCCAAGAACGUUGUCUAGUUCUAGUCUGAAAUGGUAUUUGUUUUAUUUUUGCUUUUAAUUUUGUAUUCCUUUUAAAGGCUGGUACGCAGCUCCAACGAUGUUCAAGCAAUCUUCAAGCAAUGAUAUAACCGUGUUGUCCUUUAAAGAAUAGUAUUUUUUUAAACAAAUCUACUUAAAUAAAUUCAAAUGAAUGCUCUUGCUAACUGUGCUGCAGCUCGGAUUAGAGCGGGACAGAAACUAGUGAAGAAUCAACAGUUUCUCUUUUAAA